AUGAACCAAAUCAAUCUUACCACGUUCACCACUGGAACUCAAACCCCCGGCGCACACGAGCACGACACGGCUGUCACCAUCAAGACAUCGGAACCCAUUCCAAGAGUGUUUCACCCAUCAUUCUUAUUCCGACCCGUGCGAGGUCAUGUACCGUAUAUUUCUCGUGAGAGUACAGCUGCCUUGAAGCGCCCAACUGGCCAUCAAAGAGAGUCAAAGGCCACUAGAAGGGCCAUAGCGGAGUCUUGGGGCCUAGGCGACACACAAGAUGUCUCACCGCCCAUUAAAUCGAAGACUACGUACCAAUUCUGGAAAAAACUGGAUGAAACACACGAAGCAGUUAUGAAUAUCUCGAAGUGCUCUCAAAACGCUACUAUGACCAACGAGGGACGGGUAGAAUUCAGCAAUCGCUUCGACCCGCGCGAGACUGCUUCCAGCAGUCCAUCAUCCAUGCUCAUCAACAUGGGCGUGUCUUCGGCAUUGCUCAAGACGAUAGCGCCCAACCCGGCCGUGACACACGAGCCUCCCAGUCAUACUCCAGCCACCGACAACGAUAAUAACGGGCUCCCUAAUAUCGAGAGCGAUACAGAGAGUUCGAUCUCAUCGGACGACUUCGUAACUGGCCCGUCCCUGUCAGGUUUCGCUCAGCUUGCCCCUGACCUCGCUGAUUCGCCGUCGCUUUGGGAGCAGCUCAAUGGCUUAUUGGACAAGGGUCUGCCUUCGUCGGAAUCGACACCGUCACCCCGCUCCACGCGAGGAUCCUCUGCCCCCGAAAUACAUCUCCCAAUGGGUUUACAGCCAGAAGGACACCUCAAUCACGCUUCCGGAAUAGAUGUGAUCGGGAAGAAUUAUCUGUCAUUUUCGUACGCAAUACAGAUGCCCACCGAACGCCCGGCGCAUCGGAGUCCCUCUUUGGCACUGGGACGGGGACAGACUAGCGUAGGGAUGGUGGCUGAGGGGUACGGACGAUGCCGGGCGACGAAGCCGUCGUAUUUUGAGGCCGAGAUGGGGAUGGUGCAAGGAGCAGGGCGGAUGGGGGGAAUGACGGGCGGACAAUCGUCUUCGUAUGGUUUGCCAAUGGAGGGCCGCAUGCCGAAGCCCGUCCUUCGUAAGAUACAUGUAUUUAACGAAGUCGAGACCGCAUUUCCGAGUCCCAGAGACCAAGACCAAGAGGAAGCUGAGUCUCGUUUUUGUGUAGACUGA